AUGAUGUCCAGCUCGCAGAGCAGUCUGCGCCAGCGGAGUGUCCCUGGUUCCGCCAAAAAGAAAGGCAAUAGCCCUGCUGAUACCGACACCGAGCUCGAUGACCUUUCCAAAUCAAAGACGCUUGUUGCAACGGGAGGCUCUGAGACGGAUUACAAGAUCGGCUUUGUUGUCAUUACCAUCCUAGCUUUUAUUUCUAGAUUCUGGGGUAUCAGCCAUCCAAACGAGGUCGUCUUCGAUGAAGUCCACUUCGGCAAAUUCGCCUCAUACUACCUCGAGAGAACCUACUUCUUCGAUGUCCACCCACCGUUCGGAAAGCUUCUCUUCGCCCUUAUGGGAUGGCUAGUGGGCUACGAUGGCCACUUCCACUUCGACAACAUCGGCGAUUCCUACAUAGCGAAUAAAAUCCCCUACGUGGCUUUCCGCGCCUUACCCGCCAUCCUUGGUUCGUUAACGGUCUCGGUGACAUACCUUAUCAUGUGGGAGUCGGGCUAUAGUCUGCCAGCUUGCGUUGUCGCCGCCGGUCUUAUCCUGCUAGACAAUGCCCACAUUGGUCAGACCCGACUGAUUCUGCUUGAUGCAACCCUUGUGUUUGCUAUGGCGUGCAGUCUACUCUUUUACAUCAAGUUUUAUAAGUUGAGGCACGAUCCUUUCAGCCGCAAGUGGUGGAAGUGGUUGAUUUUGACUGGCUUUGCGCUUUCAUGCGACAUCUCCACCAAAUACGUCGGCCUCUUCGCCUUUGUUACCAUUGGCUCUGCGGUCAUCAUUGACCUUUGGGAAUUGCUCGAUAUCAAACGACCCGGUGGUGCAUUGACCUUGCGAGAAUUUGCCUACCAUUUCGGAGCUCGUGCGCUUGGGUUGAUCGUCAUUCCGUUCCUAUUUUACUUAUUCUGGUUCCAGGUUCACUUCGCGAUUUUGACGCGCUCUGGCCCCGGUGAUGACUUCAUGACCCCUGAAUUCCAGGAGACGCUAUCAGACAAUGUAAUGCUUGCAAACUCAUUGAAUAUCGAUUACUAUGAUACCAUCACCAUCCGCCACAAGGAGACCAAGGCGUACCUACACAGCCAUGACGUCAAAUACCCCCUCCGCUACGAUGAUGGGCGCGUCUCUAGUCAGGGCCAACAAGUGACUGGAUAUCCGUAUAAUGACACUAACAACUACUGGCAAAUUCUCCCAGUUACCGAGGACCACCAGAUGGGCCGCAACGUUAAGAACCAUGAACUCGUCAGGCUACGACAUCUGGUGACGGAUACCAUCUUGUUGUCUCAUGAUGUCGCUUCUCCCUCGUACCCAACCAACCAAGAGUUUACCACUGUGUCCCUGGCUGAUGCAUAUGGAAGUCGCGCGGCGGACACCCUUUUCGAGAUCAGGAUCGAACAUGGCAAGCAAAACCAGGAGUUCAAGAGUAUUUCCAGUCACUUCAAGCUCAUCCACAACCCUAGCAAAGUAGCCAUGUGGACCCACUCGAAGCCUCUACCUGACUGGGGUCACAAGCAGCAGGAGAUCAACGGAAAUAAGCAAAUCCCCCCCAGCUCUAAUGUUUGGUUGGUAGAAGAUAUUCCGUCAGUCCCGGCAGAUUCUCCUCGCCGACAGAGGGAAGAGCGUCAAGUCAAGACGCUUCCUUUCCUCAGAAAAUGGUUCGAGCUGCAACGUGCGAUGUUCUGGCACAACAACCAGUUGACUAGCAGCCAUCCUUAUGCCAGCCAGCCCUACCAGUGGCCAUUUUUGUUGAGAGGUGUCAGUUUCUGGACCCAGGUUGACACUCGCCAGCAAAUCUACUUCGUAGGCAACCCUAUUGGUUGGUGGAUUGCUAGCAGUUUGAUCGCCGUCUACGUUGGUAUCGUGGGCGCUGACCAAGUCUCCAUACGCCGCGGAAUUGAUGCGUUAGACCAUCGUACCCGUUCUCGCCUCUAUAACUCCACCGGAUUCUUUUUCCUGGCUUGGGCUACCCACUACUUUCCUUUCUACCUCAUGGGACGCCAACUUUUCUUGCACCAUUAUCUACCUGCUCAUCUUGCGUCAUGCCUCAUCGUCGGUGCUCUACUUGAAUUUGUCUUCAACGCCGAGCCAUCUAUCGAGGAGCCGACCUACCAGGAGGUCAAGUCGGGCAAGAAGCGUGCUCCGGGCCCCAAGCGACACAUUACUGCCGGAGAGCGGUUCGCCGGACAGAGUAUGGCCCCUGCUUGGAUCGCAUGUGGUGUUAUUCUAGCAGUGGCCGCUGCUGGCUGGUACUUCUUCUUGCCUCUGACUUACGGUUACCCUGGCCUCAGCGUCGACGAGGUUAACCGACGCAAGUGGCUCGGAUAUGAUCUCCACUUUGCCAAAUAA